CAAUCCUGGGAUCAAGACCAUUGCGUAUCAACCAGGUCAUUGACCCCGUUGUCAACAACAACCAAAAUGGCCGCCGUGUGAUGUUGUUCAAGCGAGGCACGUCCGAAGACAGAUUUUAGACUCACAAUCGGAACUAAAAGCGAUCUUUUAAGCUAUCAGGGACUGGUGUACUAGUGUAGAGGGACCAACAUGUCCACAACACCAAGGACACCGAGAAAAGCCAUCACAGCCGAGGCCUCCGUUGACAAUGAGAACGAUGUUGGACCUCCUAUCGACUUCUCCUUCAAGAUGUUGUGCAGUAUGGAAGACACAGCAGAGGAGGAGCUCAGACAAGGGUCCAGAAAGCACAAGUACGACGAGGAGGGGAGACUGAACUCCAACGCCCUGCGUAUGAACAACAACGCCCUGACAACCCUGGAUGGUUUCGAAGGAGCGAUAACCCGGCUACUGACCAACCCAGAGGCUCUGGCGUGGGUGGACCUGUCAUUCAAUGACUUAACCACUGUUGACCCGGUGCUGCUGACCUACCCCAACAUCAAGGUGUUAUAUCUCCAUGGCAACAGUAUUGAGAACAUCGGUGAGGUGGACAAACUGCCGGCCCUGCCGCUGCUGAAGAACCUGACGCUCCACGGGAACCCCAUCGACCAGGAGAAGGGCUACAAGUUCUACCUGCUGUCCCUCAUGCCGCACCUGGCCUCCCUCGACUUCACCAGCGUCUCCAAGGCAGACAGGGCCACUGCCAAGACGUGGUUCCACAUGUACGGCAAGACCAUGAAGUCCAAGAAGAGGAAGAAAAAGGCAGCCAGCUAGAAGUC